AAUAAAAUUAGUGAUUUAAAAGUUUAUUACUUAUAGAUAGAGCUAGGUCAUUUUUAGAUAAAAACGAUUAAAUUGUAUUUGCAUGAUAAGAGAAAUUUAAAAAACGGGACCCUUUUUGAGUUAAAUAAUAAAGUGAUCGUUUUUGUUUUAUUUAGCAAAACUAGUUUAUAAGAAAUUGAAAGUGAUAGCUUUAAAAUCAUGUAUAGUUAUGUGUUCCAACACCUAGAAGUUUUGAAAUUAAGCACUGGUACUGAAUAUGGUCAGAGAAAACAGUAGGAUUCUACCUUGAAUUUUUUUUUGUAUGUUUACGUUUCUUAGUGCUUUUUGGAAACUACAAUCCUGUAUCAAAUGGAUGACUUGAGCCUUACUCAAAACGUCGCUUCCUGUUUUCAGUAGAUAUUUCAAAUUAAAAAUCAGUGUGAAAAAACACUCUCAUUAGUUUCGAGACCUAAUUUUUCCUGUUCGAUCUACUGAACACACUGUUUACUACCUUUUCACCCUAUAUAACGCGCGGUUUGAUAACUAAGUCACCACCUUAAGAGACAUUUGGUAAGUGUGGUUUAUAUAGUGAUAUUAAACAGUUUGUUUGCUUGCAUACAUGGGCGGAUUUAGGUCAAAAUUUUUGGGGUUGCCAACUAUCCUAGAGUAUGAGUCACUGUAUGCUCAAAUUCAAACACAAAAAUCCUAUUUAAAUGGUCCGUUUUAAUACCUAUCGCAAGUAGGCCCUAGCUGUUUCAUUUAUUAUAACAAAAAUAAAACCCCCCAACAUUUUAUUAAUAUAGCUCAUUUCAGUUGAGAAAACUGUCGUAUCUAUUUCAGAAUUUUAUUAUGAAAACCACUCUAGAAUAUUGCUUUUAUUCGUUGCUAGAAAAGCUUUAUGAGAAUCUUUAAAUAGCAUUUAUUUGUUUUUAAAGAAAAUAUUUUGUUUACCUAACCUUCAAGUCAAUUUAAUUUGUUCAAUUAAUUACCGUAGGAAAGAACUAAGGAAUAUGUGUCAUGGUACCAUAAGUUAUCUAUUUUUACUUGAAGUACUGUAAACUGAAUGGACAUUUGUAACCGUAACCAUAUACGUACUUAAAACACAUGUAGUUUAAAUGUUUCAUUUUCUUAGUUUAAAAAAGAAGACAAAACCAACCUAGUAUUUUCUGGUUAAUUUAUAAAUAGUCAUUGGUUUAAAAAAAUCUAUUUAUCUUCUAAAUGGCUAGCUCUAUACAUAAAGUACAAAGACUUUUAAAUCGGCAUUUUAUAAAUACUCAUUUUCGACAUGCUUUAAGAUUAUCAACACAACAAUCAACAAAAGAUGAUAAAGAAACCCAUUUUGGUUUUGAAAAAGUUAAAGAAAGUGAAAAGCACAAAAAAGUGUUUGAAGUUUUUGAAAAUGUAGCCCUAGAUUAUGAUAUAAUGAAUGAUGCUAUGUCUUUGGGGAUCCAUAGGCUUUGGAAAGAUUAUUUCAUGUGGAGUUUGCUUCCUACUGAUGGCACAAAAUUGUUAGAUGUUGCUGGAGGCACAGGAGAUAUAGCAUUUAGAUUUAUCAAUUAUGUGAAAAAUAACAAUCUAAAAGAUUGCCACGUUACUAUAAGUGAUAUUAAUCCUCACAUGUUGGAAGUUGGGAAAUUGAGAAGCAGCAAACUUGGUCACAAUACAAAUAUUAUAAGUUGGAAAGAAGCAAAUGCUGAACAAUUAGACUUUGAAGAUAAUAUGUUCAAUGUAUAUACUAUAGCUUUUGGUAUAAGAAAUGUCACACAUAUAGAUAAAGUUCUCUCAGAGGCUUAUAGAGUUUUACAACCAGGGGGAAGGUUUAUGUGUAUGGAAUUCAGUCACUUAGAAAAUUCUAUGGCACAGUGGUUGUAUGAUCAGUAUAGUUUCCAGAUAAUUCCAGUAUUAGGACAAGUCAUUGCAGGCAAAUGGCAACCUUAUAAAUAUUUAGUUGAGAGUAUAAGGCAAUUCCCCAAUCAGGAACAUUUCAAACAAAUGAUUGAAGAAGCUGGAUUUAGACAGGUAUCUUAUGAUAAUCUCACAUUAGGAGUGGUAUCUAUCCAUUCUGGAUAUAAAUUGUAAUAUAUUUAAAUAAAUGACUUCUUAUAACUUGA